GAGUGGUUCUGAAUGACCUUUGCAGGUUGCACAAACAGGAUGGGGAAGUGAAAAAUUUCUGCAAUGUCCAAAUGCAAAAUUAAUUUGAUGUUUUACUAUUUUCUGCACAGCAGCUCUCCUAAAGUCAUUUACCCCCAGAUUUUUACUCCUUUUUAAGGGCCUUUGGUAAUAAAUACACUGUAGUUGUACUUAUUAAAUAACCCUCAGUAUUCACAAGCAAUAAGAAAGCCAAGUAGAGCUGUCUUUUCCAGGCAGCAGGGCUGAACUCGGUUUGGGGUCUGUACAUGAGCUACCACGUCAAGCUCACUGAAAGCCCCAAACAAAUGCAAGCAAUAAUUUCAAACACAGGUUUUAGAUGUUAAAACCCUCCAGGUAGUGUUUUCUGCAACAUGAUCCAAAGUCCCAAAAGCCACGGUAGCUAUUUUAAAUCCUUUUGAGACAUUUGCAAAGUAAGAAAGAAGGUGGCAGGCUAGAUGAAAAAUGGGCUGCAAAAUUUCUGAUACCUUGGACUAUUACUGCGGUAUUCUCUCACUCCAAGAUGCUAACAGCCUAAAUCACUUUGUCCAGCCUUGUCAGUUGAUUCAAGACUAAUAUUGAAUUAGUAAGUCACAAGUGUGGAUGCUGUGGGUUUCACAUCUGUUUUCUGCUAAUCAGAAGUAACUUUUAAUUGCCUGGGUUCUGCUUCUUGUUUGAAUCCAAUUAGAGUUGUCUGAUGCACAGAUCUGGGGGUGGGACAGGUGCCAAGAGCCUGUUUCAGUCCCUCAGUCCCAUUACCUGACCCUUCCUCCACACUCCUUCUCCACCUGGUGCAAGCUCCUUGAGGACAUGAAAACAGAGAAAUCCUGCAAUCUCCCAGUCUGACAACAGUUGUGUGAACCAUUAACCCUGUUGGAGUCGUCUUGGACCCCAACUAACUUUAUCACAUUUGCUGCUACAUUCAUAAAAUGAACUUUUUGGCUGUAUUUAUUAGCAAAAUUUAAUCUAGUUUACAGUUUGUUUUCUUUUGAGUAGUUUUUGCCCACAGAUGGAUUAGAGGUGUUGGGGUGUUUGGGUUGUGGUUGUUUUUGUGUUGGUUUUUUUUAGUGGGUUGUUGUGGUUUUUGUUUGUUUUUGUUGUUGUUUCUGAGUGAAUUGUUAAAGGCACAGUAGUCCCUCUCCUAUUUUUGUUCUGGAGGUUGAGGGUUUUUUGUUUGUUUUUUUUUGUUUUGUUAUUUUUGUUGCUGUUGUUGUUGUUGGUUUGGUUUUUUUUUUGCAGAUGGCGUUGCAGGAAAGCCUGCUGUUAGGCCAAGCCGUGGAAAGAUUCCUCCCACACCUAACUUCCAUCUUUUGCUGAACUGGGGGGAAAUCACUAAAGGGACACUGGCUUUUUCUUUCAUAAAAUGAUGCAGAAAGUUAAAGCAGUAGGUAAAUGACUGAUUAAUUAACACUUUAUGCAAUUUUAAUUUUGAAAAAAAUUUAAGUUGGUAGCUUUUUUGAUUGGCCCAAGCUCUGGUGAAAUGGCUGUUACCCUCCAUGACUUACUUGAUUCAGGCCUUUGUCCUUUGUUUAAGUGCCUUUUUUUAUUUUAUUUUCCUACCCUCUUUAAACUGUUCUCAGAGAUCCUGAAGUGCUAGAAGGCAUUUUGGAGGAAAAUCUUAAGCUUGCCAAGAUGGCUUUAUGCUGUUAUACUAUUUUUCCCUUUUGUAAAAAAAAAAAAAAGAAAAAAGAAAAAGAAAAAAAAAGAAAAAAAAAAAAAGAAAGAAAAAAGUGUGUAAUGUAUGUGACUCGUAGCUGCUGUACCAUGGCGUUGGUUCUGUAUGUUUGUCCUUUCUUUUCUCUCACACCUGCACACAUUCACACACUGCAGUUUUCCUUAGGCUCCUGUAACGCAUAGUACGCCAUUCUGCUGUCUCUGUUAAUGUUUGCAUACGAAGAAUGAACGCUUGGGCAAAGGUGGCAGUAUGGUAAAGGGGGGUGUGUGUGAGUGUGUAAACGUGUGUGAGAGAAAGGAAGAAGUGGCUAAUGGGAAUAGAACUACUUGCAUUUUUCUCUGAAGGUUUUAAGUUUGGGUCUUAAUUAGUUCACAAAUACAACAGACAACUUUAAAUACUGGACCACUUCACACUAUUACUGAAUUUGAAACAAAUGUGUGGCUAACAUAACUGUAAGGAGUGGGGAAAGAAGAUGAAAAUAGCUUUCAACAAGUUUGAGUGGAGAUGAAUCACAAGGAAUCCUGUGUACAGCUUGUCAUGUCUUUUGACACUUGUUUGUGCAAGGAUUCUUACAUUUACUAAAAUUGUCCCUUCCUACCAUGUGUUAUGUGUAAGAAGGAACUCGUUACAACCUGCAAGAGUACAACUACUCUGAAGUUUAACUUCACUGUACUUUGCAAGCUGCCUAAGUCAUUCACAUCAAGUACUUGUCUUGUAAUUUUUCUUGCUGAGAUUUCAUUUGUUCUCUUAAAAUAACAAACAGUAAGAUCAUGUAUUGUUAGGUGCAGAACACUAAAAACAGUGUCUGCUUAUUUCCUUGUCUCUGACAAAAUUAGCAAUCUAUAGUAGAACUUCUAGUAAUUUUAAUAAUUCUGUGCUGAGGAUACAUGUAACUUACUAUUGUUGCAAUCAUGUGUACCUGAAAUUAGCAAUUCAUCUGUUGAUCAAAUGCUAAACUUACACAAGCAUCACUAGACUGCUAGUUCUGUGAUGUGUUUCCACUGGGGAAGAUACAGUUUUGAGUUGCAGUAUGAAAAAGGUCUGUUUACCUUCUCUUUUCAGAAACCAGAGUGAGAAUGGCUAGCGAAUUCCUUCAUACUGAUGUUGACAGUCCAUCUAGAGAGCUAAAAGUAGGAUAUCAAAUACAACAUGUUCCUGUGGCAGCCUAACCGCUGUAUUGCGUUUAAGUGAACCUGCUUAAACUAGGCCAUAGUUUUUUGUUUCUUUUCUUGUUGUUGUGGUUUUGUUUUUGUUUUUGUUUUUUUUUAAAUAAUCUUUACCAAUCUAAUGGUGCCAGUCAGAAAGAAUGCUAUUGCUGGUAGCUUGUUCAGAUGGAGUUAGAGUGCUUCCUUAUCUGCCUUAUGUAAGCUGCUGAGAGCGACUUCAGUAGUUGGCCACAUCCACCUAUGGCAGUGAAUUGCUCCUACUUGUCUCUUCUGCUAUUAGUUCCUUUCAGGCAUGUCUGCUCUUCAUCCUAGGCUGAUUGAGAGAUCAGUUAUCCACAGCUGGUGCUGCUAGUUGCAGUGCUUUUCACACGUGGCUGUUCAAAAAUCAGCAUCUGCUACUCUAGAAAUCACUGCCUAAGUAAGUAGGCUGACUUGGUAACAUGAAAGAUUACCAUUGCAUUGGGGAGUGCUCUGGCUGUGGAAGCUUCUGGUAUGGCUUCAUUGCCUGUAUUCUGUGACCCAGUGAUACCCUGCUGCUGUAAUAGCCUUUGAGGGCUGUGGGAAGCCCCACUGCUGCUGUGUUACGCUGAGAGAUCUCAGCAUGGCAAAACUGGGGAAGCACAAAGGUUCCCUAGGGCCAUUUUUUUUGCACACUCCUUGUAGAUGAUACUGUGCUAAUCUUGUCAGUAGUCAAGGACAUAGUUCUGUUAUUUUGUAGCCAUUUUUUGAUAGCUAUAGUUCUACAGAGCAACUCUAGAAGAAUGACAUUUUUGUGUUUUAUAUCUAGAAGUGGAUUUCAUCCUCUCUCCUUGCCCUCAGCUCCUGCUAAUAUAAUAACCAUUAACUAACAAGUUUUUCUUCAUAGUGAAGUAAUCCAAAACAAGCAGUGCACACUAACUCCUAUCAUGCUCCAGGAUGUGCAAAUAUAUUCUAGGAACAGGUACAAUUACAUUUGUUACUGUCCACUACCAAGAGGAAAAGGUGAGAGAAUUGACCCAAAGCAGUUGGGAGAUAACACUGCUGCAGACCAGGCCAAGUAGCUGCUGACACAGCCAGAGUUCCUUUGAGACUACUUAGAUUUCACCAGUGGAGUAGGAGGUGGGAGAAGAAACAUUCUUGUGUUCUCAACUUUCUCCAGAUAAGGCCUUAGUUUGAUUAGUAGUCACUAAUAUCAACUAUGCAGAUAAGUAUUCAUUACAUAUUUAAGUGUUACGUGCGUUCCUUUCCCCAGCUACCCUGUUAACACAUGUUCAAGUUCUACCCAAAGAAAAUGGAAUAUUUUUGGAAUGUCUUUAAAACUCCUUUUGUUAAAGUGAAGAAAGAAAUUUGUAUAUUAAAAAAGAAACCCUCUUGCUGGUGCAACACCUACUGUCAAGCCUCAUGAAGUUGCUUCAUGAGGGAAUCUAAAAUCGCCUCUUGUGACAGGUUUCAGUCUGAGAGCUUUUGGAGUAGUCAGCUCUCAAAAUCGGUUUUAAGAAGUCGUAGUUGAUGUUGUUUAUUAAUGUGCAGAUUGGAUACGGGGAGAAGAUAAUGAGAUCCUGUGUUUCCUUCCACUAUCAGAAGUGAAUUAAAUCAGUUUCUCAGUUAAAUGAAGUUGUUUCUAAACAAGGGCAGGUAUGAGCUACACAGUAGCUGGAUCUUCAAAUAAAAGCAAAAUUGUGAUUCCCCCGCUAUUCCUGACUGAUCUUUUAGUAUUGUUUGUAACUACAAAUAACAGUUUAGCUCAGAGGUGAGAACUGUAGUGUGUGUAUUAUGGCCGGUAAUUCCAUCAUGUAGCAAUUAGUACCAUGUUCUUGCAUUGUUCUCAGAUCUCUGUUGAAAAUAGAUGGAGAAAUACUAUUUUUGGACUACUAUUUAAAAAAAAAAAAAAUACGAAAUUCAUCACUACUAUUUUCUCCAAAAAGUCUACUGAGCAGUUAUAUUUUAGCUGUUAAAUUAGUACCCUUGUUCUGUGAUUUGUCUUUUGUAGCCUUCUUACCAAGGGUUAGAAGCAUUUCACGAGUAAUUACGAGUAAUUCUAGCUUAAAGUCAGGUUGCUUAUAAUAAAAGGGCAUCUGUGAUUAUAACUUCUGGUGAUACGAAAGCACGAUGUUCAGAAUAUUUCAUUGAAGAUACAGGUGUGGAUGCAAGUCCCUGCAGUUCUGCCUGGUGAUGAGGCUGAAUCAAGAGCAGAGCUUUCAAAUAAAUCCCUGCCUACCCAGCUAGUGGCAGCGGGGUCCUCCCACUGACAGAAGUCUAGCCUCUACUCUUUGUUGUCACAUGUAGGAUAUGUACUUUGAGCAAGUUUAAAUAUAAUCAGCUUAACCCCAUCUGACUUGCUGAUCCCCAGGUGAAUGAAGGAAGCUAUGUAAAGUCAACAGCAGAGAAAAUGGUGAGCAAAACAUUUUCCUGCCUUUCUUGGUGUAGCUUGAAACAGUUGGCCACUUGUCUUACAAACAAAACUGGCGUUCUUCAUAGACCUCUGCCCUAAGCAAAGUGGUGCAAGAUGGCAGACCUCUUUGAAUUGGUGAUUCCUGUGAUGUUCUACUCAGUUUAGUGUGAAUUUGCAUUGGAUCACCUUCCUGCUUUUUAAUACUUGCCUAAUUCAGAUCGUAAGGCUUAGUAUCAGAAUUCUCACAGCCAGGUGCUUACCUGGCUUGCUCUCCAGAGAAACUCCCCUGUGAAAUGCUCCCCUCUUGUGACCGCAAGCCUGAACAACCAAACGCAGCUACGGCUGGGUGAUUAGCACCACUUUCUUUUGGAUUUUUAGAGAGGUGUGUUCCACUAACGUCAAGGAAUACUGUGUUUUAAAUGUGUGAUUUCCUUCCUCUCUCCUUAUAAAACUGGACCUGAACACAAGUUUUGAGUUGUUGGUUUUUUUUUUUUUUCGUAAUAAUCUCAGGACCUGAAAGAUUGUAGCAUUUAGUGUGUCUUAAAAAUGAUGUACUGUACCAGCCAUGGAUUUUGUAAAUACACCUGUCUCCCUUUUUUGUAUUUUAAUUUUUAAAAAACGUGUAAGGCUCUUUGCCAGAGGAACUGGUGCCUGCUUAAUUUCCAUCCUGAACUGAAGAGGGAGAAGGAAGAAGCUGCUGCCACAAAAGCCUGCGUUGGUUCCAAACAUGUACAGUUCUGGUCAGUUCAAUGACUAUUAGUUUUUUAAUUGGGAAGCCGGUUUGUUCUCUUGCACAUUCCCAGCUGUGACGGGCAAAGCCCUAUCAGGGAAACUAAUUAAAUCUCUUAUGACUACUCUGUGUUUUCACUCCUUCCAGAUGCUCAGGUUUCCAUCCCUGAGACAGGUGGCAUGUUCAGAAGUCGGGGUUAUUGGGCGUUCUGCAAGAACAGCUGCAGAACGUUUCUUUUCUUAGUGCUUUGGUCCAAACAGGUAGCAGUGUUUGUGUCCUACAAGAAGCCUUGCAGGUGCCACCUGCUUCACCUAUUCCUGGAGGGUUUUUCGCUCUUUUUUUUUUCUUUUCUUUUUUUUUUUUUUUUCCUUCUCCAUUCUGCUUUCCUGAAAGCAGAAGACUUUUUGGCAGCAGUUUUGCUCUGGGCUCCACGUUUAGGCAGCAGGCCCUGUUCUGCAGUAGGAGCCUUACGCAGUUGGGUGUAGCUGUGCCCUGUCCUUGAUGGCGACAGGCUUUUUCAUGAGUGUUUUCUUUUUUAUCUGUUACGUGUCUGUGCUGUAUUAAAUAAAGAGGAAUGUACAUAAGAGCCCUGUCUGUGUGAUUUCUCACAAAAUUAAAGAUGAAAAGCACAUCUCGUAAAGGGCCGUUGCUCUGGGCUUAUUGUGGGAUUUUCCUUUGUUGUGAAUUCGAGCGGGGAGCAUUGUUACGGCUUUCUUGAGCCGACCAACCGCAGAGGGAAAGGACGUCCCGGAGGCCGGCAGCGCUUCAGAACGACACCCCGCCUGGCCCACCGCGCUCCAGAGCCGCAGGCGAACGAAGGCCUAACGGCUCCCAGAAGGCUCCGUGGCAGGGAGGUGGGACGGAGGCCUAGCAGAGAAGGCGGAUGCCCACCAUCUGCAGCUGAGCCGCUUUCAUUACGCAGCGUUCACACCACGCGCUUCGACAUCCAGCCUCGUGACGCAGCGGGUGGGCGGCGGCUGCUUUGCUUCCGGCGCCCCUCAAACCCGUGAUCGCGCGUCGCUCCGCCCAACGGCCGACGGGGGCGCUCGACCUUCGGCAUCUGACCUCUGCUGAUGGGCGGAAAACUGCGCGAGCCGCCCGCUCUCUGAUUGGUCGCUGCGGCGCGUCGCCGGCGGCUGAUUGGCGGAGGGCGAGGAGCGGGAAGAUGGCGGCGCUGGGCUCUCCUCUGCAGACGUUGCGCGGGCUGCUCCGCGAGCUGCGACACGUCAGCGGUCGCGCCUAUCGCGACACGGCAGCCUACCGGCACGUCCUCGCCGCUUUCCGCGCUCACCGGGUGACCAGUGAGAAGCUGUGCCGGGCCCAGCAGGAGCUGCACUUCCAGGCCGCCACCUACCUGUGCCUGCUGCGCAGCGUGCGGCAGCACCAGGCCCUGCAUCGCGAGUACCACGGCCGCGGGGAGCGAUCCCCCGAGGAGGUGGCGGGGCUGGUGGGUUUCAUGUUGCCCCGGCAGCCGGGGGGGAAGGGCUGAGGCCGUCCCGUGCCGCCUGCUGCUCGGUGCCGAAUAAACGCCCUGGGCUGUGGAGCUGC